AUGCCAGCAGCAGCAGCAGCAGCAAGUCUGUGCUGCUCUAGCUAUCUGGUUGAGUGCACGAGCACCAGCAGCUGCAGCAGCAUUAGCAUAGUACUGCAUGCAAACGACAACCAUGGGCCAUACAAACUCCGAACCAGCAGCAGCAGCAGCAAGAAGAAGAAGCAGUCUAGGAGACGGCAGCAGCAGCAGAACAGCAGUUUGUCUCCAUCUGCUGCAGCUGCUGCAGCAGCCCCCAAGACAGAGGAGCUGCAGAUACACCCGAAGGAGACAGCAGGCAGAAAACCACUGCAGCAGCAACAGCAGCAGCAGCUGCACCAGCUGCAGCAGCAGCAGCUGGCAGCAGCAGCAGCAGCAGCAGCAGCAGAUUUUGUUGCGACUCCACCAGCAACACCAUGUUCAGCAGCAACAGCAGCAACAGCAGCAACAGCAACAACAGAAGAAGAAGAAGCAGCAGCAACAGCAGCAACAGCAGCAACUGCAGCAGCAGCAGCAGCAGCAACAGCGGGCGAACUGCAGCAGAUAGUCAUUGAAGGAGAUGCAGCAGCAGCAGCAGCAGCAGCAGCAGCAGCACAACCAACAGCAGCAGCAGCAGCAGCAGCAGCAGCAGCAGCAGGAUGUUCAGCUGUUUAUUAA